CCUUGCCUCCGCAGCCGCGGAACUUCCGGCUGAGGCCGCCAUUUUGACUUCGCGACCUUGGGCUCCGGCUGUGAGCUGUUUGCAGGCGGCUGUUUGCCGUGAUGUCCGCGCUGACUCCGCUGCUGCUCAGGGGCCUGACAGGCCCGGCCCGACGGCUCCUGGUGCCACGUGCCCAGGUUCAUUCCAAGCCGCCGCGGGAGCAGCUCGGGUCCAUGGAUGUCACCAUUGCGCUCACCGCCUGCUUCGUGAGUUUCCUCCUGCCCGCGGGCUGGGUCCUGUCACACCUGGACAGCUACAAGAAGCGGGAGUGAAGGGAGCUGCCCUCGCUCACUCGCGCUGUGACCUGGCCACCCCAGCCUGUCCUGACCAUGUCUGCUGCAUUCCUGGCCGGCCUCCUUGGGAUCAUGUCCUUCCGUUACAGUGACCUCUUCUGCAACCAUGACCUCUCCAUUCCUCCAUGGUGACAUCCUGGGACCACAUGUAUUGGUUUAUAAGGCCCUGCUUGGUAGGGCCUCCCUUGUAACAAUAAAGUCUAUUUAAACCCUG